UUUUCAAACAAAAGACUAUUACCAGUUGGAUGGACACUAAAGGAAUCAAGACAGCGGAAUCAGAAAGGUAUAGAAACAUUCCUAUGUAGAGAAAUGAAUAAUAAUACAUGGAUGUUUUAUCUUGUUGCUUUAAUAUUUUCUCUCUUUGUUCAUGCUUUUCUAUUCUCCUUUAUCUAUGUUAAUUCAAAAUCAACUUGUAAGUAAUUUUUUAGAGAGUCCUGUGUGCCAGGGACUGUCCUGUAUACUUGAGAUACCGAGAUGAGAGAGGAAUAGUCCGUGUCUUUUUUUUUUUUUUGAGAUGGAGUCUCACUCUGUUGCCCAGGCUGGAGUGUAGUGGCAUGAUCUCGGCUAACUGCAAGCUCUGCCUCCUGGGUUCACGCCAUUCUCCUGCCUCAGCCUCCCAAGUAGCUGGGGCUACAGGCGCCCACCACCACGCCUGGCUAAUUUUUUGUAUUUUUAGUAGAGAUGGGGUUUCACCGGGUUAGCCAGGAUGGUCUUGAUCUCCUGACCUCGUGAUCUGCCUGCCUCGACCUCCCAAAGUGCUGGGAUUACAGGUGUGAGCCACUGCGCCCGGCCAGUCUGUGUCUUUAAGAUACUUACAGUGUAGCAGUGGCCACAGACACAAAAACACAUAAUUACUGCCUGGUGUGAUAGAUGCAAUAGUAAAGGUAUGAGCAAGGCACAGUGGUGGUUAGUGUGUAGAAGAAACAAAUGUUCAACUUUACCUUUGGUCCCUAAAGGAAGACUGCACAGAGAGUUUGGAUAGUAAAGAAAACAACAAUACAAGAAUAGAAUCCAUGAUGAGUUCUGUACAAAAAGAUAACUUUUACCAACAUAAUGUAGAAAAAUUAGAAAAUGUUUCUCAGCUAAGUCUUGAUAAGUCACCCACUGAAAAAAGUACACAGUAUUUGAACCAGCAUCAGACUGCAGCAAUGUGUAAGUGGCAAAAUGAAGGGAAACACACGGAGCAGCUUUUGGAAAGUGAACCUCAAACAGUAACCCUGGUACCAGAGCAGUUUAGUAAUGCUAACAUUGAUCGGUCACCUCAAAAUGAUGAUCACAGUGACACAGAUAGUGAAGAGAAUAGAGACAAUCAACAGUUUCUCACAACUGUAAAGCUUGCAAAUGCAAAGCAGACUACAGAAGAUGAACAGGCCAGAGAAGCCAAAAGCCACCAGAAGUGCAGCAAGUCUUGCCAUCCUGGGGAAGACUGUGCAAGUUGUCAGCAAGAUGAGAUAGAUGUGGUGCCAGAGAGUCCAUUGUCAGAUGUUGGCUCUGAGGAUGUUGGUACUGGGCCAAAAAAUGACAACAAAUUGACUAGACAAGAAAGUUGCCUAGGAAAUUCUCCUCCAUUUGAGAAGGAAAGUGAACCCGAGUCACCGAUGGAUGUGGAUAAUUCUAAAAAUAGUUGUCAAGACUCAGAAGCAGAUGAGGAGACAAGUCCAGGUUUUGAUGAACAAGAAGAUGGUAGUUCCUCCCAAACAGCAAAUAAACCUUCAAGGUUCCAAGCAAGAGACGCUGACAUUGAAUUUAGGAAACGGUACUCUACUAAGGGCGGUGAAGUUAGAUUACAUUUCCAAUUUGAAGGAGGAGAGAGUCGCACUGGAAUGAAUGAUUUAAAUGCUAAACUACCUGGAAAUAUUUCUAGCCUGAAUGUAGAAUGCAGAAAUUCUAAGCAACAUGGAAAAAAGGAUUCUAAAAUCACAGAUCAUUUCAUGAGACUGCCCAAAGCAGAGGACAGAAGAAAAGAACAAUGGGAAACCAAACAUCAAAGAACAGAAAGGAAGAUCCCUAAAUACGUUCCGCCUCACCUUUCUCCAGAUAAGAAGUGGCUUGGAACUCCCAUUGAGGAGAUGAGAAGAAUGCCUCGGUGUGGGAUCCGGCUGCCUCUCUUGAGACCAUCUGCCAAUCACACAGUAACUAUUCGGGUAGAUCUUUUGCGAGCAGGAGAAGUUCCUAAACCUUUUCCAACACAUUAUAAAGAUUUGUGGGAUAACAAGCAUGUUAAAAUGCCUUGUUCAGAACAAAAUUUGUACCCAGUGGAAGAUGAGAAUGGUGAGCGAACUGCGGGGAGCCGGUGGGAGCUCAUUCAGACUGCACUUCUCAACAAAUUUACACGACCCCAAAACUUGAAGGAUGCUAUUCUGAAAUACAAUGUGGCAUAUUCUAAGAAAUGGGACUUUACAGCUUUGAUCGAUUUCUGGGAUAAGGUACUUGAAGAAGCAGAAGCUCAACAUUUAUAUCAGUCCAUCUUGCCUGAUAUGGUGAAAAUUGCACUCUGUCUGCCAAAUAUUUGCACCCAGCCAAUACCACUCCUGAAACAGAAGAUGAAUCAUUCCAUCACAAUGUCGCAGGAACAGAUUGCCAGUCUUUUAGCUAAUGCUUUCUUCUGCACAUUUCCACGACGAAAUGCUAAGAUGAAAUCGGAGUAUUCUAGUUACCCAGACAUUAACUUCAAUCGAUUGUUUGAGGGACGUUCAUCAAGGAAACCGGAGAAACUUAAAACGCUCUUCUGCUACUUUAGAAGAGUCACAGAGAAAAAACCUACUGGGUUGGUGACAUUUACAAGACAGAGUCUUGAAGAUUUUCCAGAAUGGGAAAGAUGUGAAAAACCCUUGACACGAUUGCAUGUCACUUACGAAGGUACCAUAGAAGAAAAUGGCCGAGGCAUGCUACAGGUGGAUUUUGCAAAUCGUUUUGUUGGAGGUGGUGUAACCAGUGCAGGACUUGUGCAAGAAGAAAUCCGCUUUUUAAUCAAUCCUGAGUUGAUUAUUUCACGGCUCUUCACUGAGGUGCUGGAUCACAAUGAAUGUCUAAUUAUCACAGGUACUGAGCAGUACAGUGAAUACACAGGCUAUGCUGAGACAUAUCGUUGGUCCCGGAGCCACGAAGAUGGGAGUGAAAGGGACGACUGGCAGCGGCGCUGCACUGAGAUCGUUGCCAUUGAUGCUCUUCACUUCAGACGCUACCUCGAUCAGUUUGUGCCUGAGAAAAUGAGACGCGAGCUGAACAAGGCUUACUGUGGAUUUCUCCGUCCUGGAGUUUCUUCAGAGAAUCUUUCUGCAGUGGCCACAGGAAACUGGGGCUGUGGUGCCUUUGGGGGUGAUGCCAGGUUAAAAGCCUUAAUACAGAUAUUGGCAGCUGCUGCAGCUGAGCGAGAUGUGGUUUAUUUCACCUUUGGGGACUCAGAAUUGAUGAGAGACAUUUACAGCAUGCACAUUUUCCUUACUGAAAGGAAACUCACUGUUGGAGAUGUGUAUAAGCUGUUGCUACGAUACUACAAUGAAGAAUGCAGAAACUGUUCCACCCCUGGACCAGACAUCAAGCUUUAUCCAUUCAUAUACCAUGCUGUCGAGUCCUGUGCAGAGACUGCUGACCAUUCAGGGCAAAGGACAGGGACCUGAGGAGCCGAGCGAAUAGCAUCUCCUCCCACCUCCCACCAGAGAUGUCCUGUUUGAGCUGUCAGGUGUAAUAUAUGAAUUGACUUAAGUUAAUAUAAAUGUGUACAUAAUCCACAUUUGUAGUCAAGGACGCAAUCUCUUCCACACAUACGCAGUUGUCAGUUGGUACAUCUAAAGUCCCUCCAUCCUGACUCACGUGGACUUAGAUAUGUUUUGUUUCUAUUUUCUUCUAUUUCAGUUUUCAUUCUUUGAUGUUUAUUUCUUUUGUCCAUCAGAUCUCUUGUGAAAUCCCAUGGAAGGUUGUGCUCAGCCUGUCGGGUCUCUUUCUUCCUGCCCAUAUAUUAUACCAGUUGCUUCUGCAGCCCGCAGAUGCCAGCGAUGCCAGGAAACAAGUUGAAAUCCAGGAAUCUCUUUAACUGAUUUUGCUAAAAAUCUCCCUGUGAGCCUUCCACUCAACUCUUAAUAUGCUUGCAUUGUUUAAGUUUUUAAAUUCUGAAAAUUAAUAAUUAGGGUUUUUUUCAUAUGUGUUGCAUAAUGCAAACCUCCUAUGUUAAAAUAGUUUCUUUAUUUAAGAUAGAAUAAUUUCCAGAAAUUGUACUUUUGAGGUAUCACUUUUAUCUGUAAUGGUUUGUCUGUCUUUUUUCCUCUGAUCAGUAUUUUUUUUUACCAGUUUUGGAGACUGGCUGAGAUGAAAGGAAAUGUGGAAUAAAAGGAGGUUUUCCUGAUGUGGUGUAAAGAAAACAGAUUCAAGAGAAUUGAAGAUUUUUUUUGUUUCUUGGUACUUUUUUCUUUUUAAAUUAGGACUAAUGUUUCUUUUGUGGUGCUUGAGGCAUAUUCAUAUAACCAAAGUUUGAGAACUGGGAACUUCAUGCUGAUUUGUACAUAUUGAAGUUUCUCUGGUAUUCAAAGGUUAUAUAGUGAAUGAAUUUUCAUUAAUAAAUCACUUUGUCAGAAACUCCCAUAUCAUCUAUAUUUUAUAUAUGUAUAUAUAAACGUAUGCUCUUUAAGUGUGUCUAUAUGUGAGCACAUAAAAUCUAAAUAAAAUUGGACUGGUGGGAAACAA